AUGGGCAAUAAUUAUUUAGAAAAAUUAAAUUUUGACUUUAAAGUUAAAGAUGUUGUGAGUAUAAGAGAUAUAAAUUUAGAAGGUAAAGAAAAGAACAUCGAAACUUUUCAUGAUACAAUUUUAUUAAAUGAAGAAAAGAAUUUUUUAAAAAGAACUGGAUUAAUUUAUGGUUCUCAAGAAGUAUAUAAAAAUAUACUUGAUAGAGAAAUUGUUUCAUUAUCAAGAAGAUUACCAGGUAUUAAAAGCAGUUUAUUAUCAUUAGAUGUUGUAAGGAAUACAAUUGAUCGUAUAGAUUCAUAUGAAUAUAUGGAAA